UGACAGUCACACUCAUACUUGGCUACUGGCACGAUGGGAGCUGUUGGUCAUUUGGUUGUCUGCAUGCUGACUGUUUUGCUUGCUAAAGGUUCUGAUUUGUCGAGUGGUGGUAAAAAUCAAGGAGAUGACCUGAAGAGCACAAAGGAAGUCCAUCUGAAAACCAAUGAAGUUGACGCUGAGGCAUCUGUUGCCCACAUUAAAAUAACGACACAUUCCUACAAACCGGAGGAUGUUAAAGCUGAGAAGACGGCCCAGGCUGGCGACAGCCCCGUGAGCGGGAACGGCACGGCCGUCCGCUACGGCGGCUACUACGGCUACGACCCCGUGAGCGGCAACGGCACGGCGGGCCGCGGCUACGGCUACGACCCCGUGAGCGGCAACGGCACGGCGGGCCGCGGCUACUACGGCUACUACGGCUACGACCCCGUGAGCGGCAACGGCACGGCGGGCCGCGGCUACGACCCCGUGAGCGGCAACGGCACGCGGCAACGGCACGGCGGGCCGCGGCUACGACCCGUGAGCGGCAACGGCACGGCGGGCCGCGGCUACGACCCCGGCAACGGCACGGCCGGCCGCGGCUACGACCCCGUGAGCGGCAACGGCACGGCCGGCCGCGGCUACGACCCCGUGAGCGGCAACGGCACGGCCGGCCGCGGCUACGACCCCGUGAGCGGCAACGGCACGGCCGGCCGCUACGCCGACGGCAGGAAUGGCACGGCCAGCGACAACUUGGGACACCCGAAUUAG